GCUGCAUCCAAAAGGUGCGUUACAGGGAAAAUGGCCUUGGUGUCAUAUGGCAGCUCGGAAGAGGAUUCUAGUGGCGAUGAAAAUAUUGUAUUUACUGCUCAAAAGGGAGGAGUAACCGAAAGCUGUGAUUCCAAAGAUCGAGUGGAGCCUGAAUUCAAAAUGCGAGUACCAAAAAGUGCUAAACUGCCGAAUCUUGUUCCUAAUAUUCCCAUUGCUAAGACAAAAGAAGGUAAAAUUUUGCUGUCUGUCCCUGACUUGGAAUCGCUCGAUUCCUCGGAGGACAGUGACGAAGAUAGCCAUUCAUCUACCAAGAACAAGCCAUGCAAAAAUUUCAAAUCUAUGACGGAGAAAGUGAAUCUGCUAUCCAUUCUUCCGCCUACACGAUCACUGAAUAUUCGAGAAGGUAGUAAGCCAAUGAUACCGCAUCAACUGAUGUCUAGAAAAAGUACGAACCAAACUCCUAAAGAAACGCCUACUGAUAAACCAAAGAUUGAAAAUAGUGAAAAGAAAUCCGAUUCAUCUCGGUCAGGCAACGUGGAUGAUGAUGAUGAUGUAUGGGAUUCAGACAUCAUAGAUAAGCAUGACUCUGAUACAGAGAUUGCAGAACCAACAGAUGUCAAGGAAUGUAGUUUCUUUUCAUUUUAUAAACCUGUGCCUGAAAAUCACGAAGCCAUUGCCUCAGAACGAGCAGCUGCCCUGUCAGCACUACAAUCAUCUCGAAGAAAAGCAGAACUAUCUAGUAAAAUUCACGAAAAUAAUGAAUAUACUCGCAGUACUGCUAAUUCAUCGAUAACAGCUGAAAUAUCUCAUGAAAUCUUCGCAAAAGACCGAACUACUCCGAAAUCAUGGGAAGAAUGUCUUCCGAAAAUCACUAUCAGUGAUCCAGAGAUUCUCCGUCAGAUGUCUUCGGUACAGAAAAAUGUCACUAAUCAAGAUGAUGAUCCUGAAGAGAAAGUAUUUUGGACAGAAGAGAAUUUCAUUCCAGGCCCCGAGCGUAAACGUGCACGCCUUAUUAUGCCUAGUACAAAAGGCAGUAAUAUUGCUUUGAAUGAAUUACUUCAAUCAACAAACACUGAGGUGAUAUCAAUCAACCAAUCUGAUUUAACUGCUGGUGCUCAACUAGAAUUAAUCAAAUCAGUCACAAGCGAUGACGCACAGUACAGACCAAAACCUAUAGUGGAUGAAGAACCUGGCAAGCUUGCACAUCGUAAGCAUCAAAUCACUUGGCUAGCUCAUCAGGCUCAAGAGAAUGAAAUGGAAUUGGAGAAACGUUGGGCUGAGGCACGACGUAACAAGGCAUCAAAUCGAGCAAAAUAUGGAUUUUGACUUCAAAUGGUUGCUAUAUUUGUGUGCGUGUGUCUGUGCGAUUCUCCUUAUGUAAAUAGUACCUGGAAUUUUUCCGUUAUCUUUGUAUCUUAAUUUAAUUAUGGUAUGACUUUUUCUCUUCCAUUGUAAAAAGGAUUUCAUUGUAAAUGCAAACUACUUAUCAAUG